CCGGGGCGGCCAUGUUUUUUAAGGGCAAGAGGCCCCGGGGAAACCGGCCGCUUUUCCCUGCCGGGGACCCCGAGUUAUGGCAGCUUCCGAGCCGCCGCCACGCGCCACCGCGGGUCGAUGCGGGUACUUCGUGGAGAAGAAGAAGAGGUUUUGCAGGAUGGUGGUGGCGGCGGGGAAAAAGUUCUGCGGGGAACACGCCGGCGCCGCCGAGGAAGAAAAUUCUCGGAAAAGAAUACUAUGUCCUUUAGAUCCAAAACACACCGUAUAUGAAGAUCAACUUGCAAAGCAUUUGAAGAAAUGUAACUCAAGAGAGAAGCCCAAACCUGACUUCUUUAUUCAAGAUAUUAAUGCAGGCCUAAAAGAUGAAACCGAAGUGCCUGAAAACUUAGUUCCAAUUUCUUCUCUCUCUGAAGAGCGAUUGGAAAACUUAAUUAAGAAAUUGAGAAAAGUAUGUAAAGGUUUGAAUUCUACACUUAAAAAUCAAAUUCUGUCCCAUCCAGCAUUGCAUGAUGUCCUUAAUGACCCUAAGAAUGGUGAUUCUGCAGCCAAACACCUAAAACAACAGGCUUCUAUUUUAGGUAACAUUGAAAAAUUAAAGUUACUUGGUCCAAGAAGAUGCUUUGUUGAGUUUGGCGCAGGAAAGGGAAAAUUAUCUCAUUGGGUUGAUAUUGCCUUAAAAGAUGCUGAAAAAGUUCAUUUCAUCCUCGUGGAGAAGGUGACCACAAGGUUCAAGGUAGACGGCAAACAUAAAAAGAAAAAUUCAGUGUUUGAAAGACUGCAAAUUGAUAUCCAGCACUUGUGUUUGAACAAGAUUCCAAUAUUGAACAAAGAAAAACUACCAGUAGUUGGAAUUGGAAAGCAUCUUUGUGGUGCAGCAACAGAUCUUGCAUUACGAUGUUUGGUUGAAACCUAUGCUGCCAGUUAUGAGGAAGGAAAUGAAGAACCUUUAGCCAAACGCAUAAAGAGUGAUAAAACAGAAAAAGGAGUUAACCCUUUGGCCGAGGAAGGAAGUGAAAAAAUUGUCCCCGAGAAGUGGACGCCUGUGGCUGGCAUUGUCAUUGCACUCUGUUGUCACCACAGGUGUGAUUGGAGACAUUAUGUGGGCAAAGAAUAUUUCAAGACUUUAGGCCUGGGAGCAGUGGAAUUCCACUAUUUCCAGCGAAUGAGUAGCUGGGCAACUUGUGGAAUGCGGAAGACACCUUCGGAAGCUUCAAACAUCGCCACAGUGAGAAAAGAGGGUCGGAAUGUUGAUGGCGAAGAGCACGAUGAGGAGGGCUGCACGGCCUCUGAGGAUGGUUCCGAGAGCACACCUGGGUUUCUUACUGUAGAAGAAAAGAAGAAAAUAGGGCACCUUUGUAAAUUGCUGAUUGAUCAAGGCCGAAUCGACUAUUUGCAACAAAAGGGAUUCAACCCUGCUCUGCAGUAUUACACAGAUCCUGUGGUGUCUUUGGAAAAUGUAUUGUUAACUGCUUUACCAACUCAUUCUUCAUCUCCAGAUAAAAUUGUUUAAUGGAAAUGAAAUUUUGAACAAUACCUGGUUUACACCAAAAGAAAUUAACACUUUACAUUGUAUUUUUAUUGUAUUUUUAUACUCAUAAAAAUUUCAUUGAAUAGCAGGUAACAUCAAUUUUAGAAAAUGUUGAGGCCUCAUAGAAUUGUAGUGAUAGCUUUGGUUUUUACUUGAGAAUUUCAAAUAUUGAAGAAUUCACCAAAUUCCCAAAGUAUUCCUCAUCAACAGGAUAUCUUGAAUGAUAUUAUCCGUCAUUAUUUGAAGAGACUGGUAGAACUGUUGAUUUGGAUAUCUGAAACACACAACAUAUUAACACGUAACUAGAAUAGUAACUUUCUGUUUGCGUUAAUUUGGAAACCUGUUUUCUUUUUAUUUUGUUUAAGACUUAUAAGUUCUAAAGUUGAAGACAUACUGAUCAGUUCUCAGUUCAUGACAAGUCAAACCGAUAACCUGGCUUAUGUAUGAUUGUGUUCCCCAUGAAGACCUGAAAGUAUGAUUAGAGAUAUGCACAAUCAAGUCAUUCACCUUGAGAUCCCAGUCAUACAUAUGUUUCUGUCACUGAACAAACAGCAAAACAGACACAAUUUCACUUCGUUUUUAAAAUUGGUUAUUUUUUGAGAACUUUCUAAGAGAUACUUAGGACCCUAAUUCACAAAUUAGACUGAAAUUUUCGAGUAAGUCCUAAGUUAGACAUCUACUAUCUUUCAACAUGCCACUUUUACAUGUAGAAGUACAUGAUACAUAGUUAUGUUCCUGCCUGCUUAGGAAAAUAAUUGGGAAUCAAGGUGAGUUAUAAAACUAAAUGUUCUCUUUAGGCCUCAUUUAUUUAACUCACAAGAAGUUUUAUAAGGCUGUCUAUGUUCAGAUCUCAGCUGUAUAAACUGGAGUGGUAAAUCUCUUUGUGCCUCGAUUUUUUCUUUUCUUUUUCUUUUUUUUUAAAUUUUCUUUUAUUUCCUCUUAAAAUAGGCAUGCUGUUGAUGAUUUUGAUGAGGAUGAUGAUGAUGAUGUCUCACAAAGUUGUAAACAUCAGAUGAAAUAGCAUGUGAAAUGCUUAGAGAACUCCGGCACAAAAUGCUCACUAAAUAGUAACUUAUUAAUGGUACUGAUUUCAUGUAUCUGUUUUAAUAAUAGGCAGGCUUUUAAUAACUCUUGUUUAAGUUGUAGUCUUUUUUAUCUUGUUAUAAGUUUUAUGUCAAGCUAAGGCAAUUGAUUUUUCAAGAAGUUAUUCAUGUCCCCCAGUGAAAAGAACAUAAAUGAAGACUGUGUAAUAACUGAUUCACAGGGGAAGGAAAUGCUAAUUUUUUUCUGUUUUGAAACUAUGCUGAUUUUUAUUAUUGUUUGUUUUGCAUCAUUCAGCAAUUUAUGCUCAGAAAUAAAACACUUUCUAUAGCAGGCAAAAGUUUGGUUACAUCUUAUCAAGCUUAAAUAUGCAAGAUAACACUGAUACUAUCCUGUAUCAGUAAACUGACAAAUGUUACCCAUUUAACAGUGAUCUGUUUGUGACAAUGUUACCAAAUGCAAAGAAAGUAAAGCUUGUCCUUCAA